GCGCGCGCGUUUGGUUUUUUCACGUCCCCAAAACAACAUGUCGUCUUCCGAUCCUGUAAUGACUUCUCCCAGUACCAUCAUUUCUUCCGAAAAUAAAUUAGCUGCCCUUUCUCAAACUCAGCCGGAGAAGCCUUUCCAUUACACGUACUUGAAGGAGUUUCGGGUCGAGCAAUGUCCACUAUUUCUACAGCACAAGUGUACAGCUCACAGACCGUUCACCUGUUUUCACUGGCACUUCAUGAAUCAAAGAAGGAGGAGACCGAAAAAGAAAAGGGAUGGCACCUUUAAUUAUAGUCCCGAUGUUUAUUGCACUCAGUACGAUGAAACGUCAGGGAUUUGCUCGUCCGGAGAUGACUGUCCUUAUUUACACCGUGUAGCUGGCGAUGUGGAACGUCGAUACCAUCUUCGUUAUUACAAAACUGCAACCUGUGUUCAUGAGACCGAUACUCGAGGAUAUUGUGUAAAAAAUGGCCCACACUGCGCGUUUGCUCAUGGACCACACGAUCUGAGACAACCUGUAUAUGAUAUACGAGAAUUACAAGCCAUUGAGAAGGAGGAAACUGAAGUAGGUCAGGCAGGGAUAGAGAAUAACAAAGCAGUUCUAGAAGAUCCCCGCUGGCAAGAUACCAACUAUGUUUUAUCAAGUUACAAGACUGAACCAUGCAAAAAGCCACCAAGACUUUGUAGACAAGGCUAUGCUUGCCCUCACUAUCACAAUAGCAGGGAUAGACGACGCAGCCCAAGAAAAUUUAGAUACAGGUCAACUCCUUGUCCUCAUGUGAAGCAUGGUGAUGAAUGGGGGGAGCCAACAAAUUGUGAGAGUGGAGAUAAUUGCCCUUAUUGCCACACAAGAACAGAACAACAAUUUCACCCAGAGAUUUACAAGUCAACAAAAUGUAAUGAUAUGCAACAGACAGGCUAUUGUCCCAGAGGACCUUUCUGUGCUUUUGCACACGUAGACCAGGAUACUGUUACCACCAGAGAAGCAAAUGGGGAGCAAGGUUUUAGUCAGUUUUAUUCAAUGCCUCCAUCACCACUUAGUCCUGUUGAUAAUGGAGUUGGAUUUAUGGCAAGUUUAUCACAGACUAUCAGCAAACCCACACGAUCCAUGUCAACAUCAUCAGGAGGGUCAUACUCUAGUGAACCGUCCACUCCUUGUAGUUUGUAUCCUAAAGCUCCCGGCUCAGAACGUUCUGAACGAAGUGGAAGUAGAGAGGAUGAACAUCAGGCAUUUAUAAGAAAGCAACUGUUGUCCAUUGAAAAUGACCCCACUUUAGAUGACAUAGAGAAAGCCCGAAGAAAGCAGAACAUAGUUAGUACAAGACAAUCCUUCUCCAUGGCCAGUUCUGCCUCAUCCAAUUUAUCAUCAGUAUCAGCCACUGCACCACCCUUCUACCCUGCUGCUGACACUGUAGAGUCUGUGGUGGAGAGUGCUCUCGAUGACCUUAAUCUAGAUGACUUUGAUGUUUCUGAAUUAGAGAAAGAGCUCAACAAUGCUUCACCAGUGUCAUCGACAAUAGGAGAUUCUCUGUCAGCACUAAACAUAAAUCCAAUGUGCUCAGCGCCUGUUACCAUACCUGGAGCUGAUGCAGGCCCAGGCUCACCCCAACCAUUCACACAAUCACCCACCUCACCAUUAGGACAAUUUUCCUCAUCCUAUGGCUCCACCUCACAGUUAAUAUCUGGACACAAGGGCUGUAAUCCUUACCGUGCCAGUCCUUUAGUAAGAGGUAGUAGUCUACAUUCCUCAGUUUUGGAUCCACUUACAGCUCAGCUCCACUCACCCAAAUCAAUAGGUUCUCCCCAGCUAUCAUCCCCCUUGGGUCUCAGUAACAGUUCAAGUGAGAUUCAGCGACUUAAUGAAGAUCUCAUGGCUGCCAAGACCAAGCUGGCCUCAUGGGAAGAGUCGUGGGCUCAAGCAAAGCAGGCUUGUGAUGCUUGGAAGAAAGAGGCAGAAGAAUCUGCUAUAAAAGCAAAGGAAGCUGAGCAAGAAAAAGUAGAAGCCAUUAUGAAAAAAGAAGAGGUUCAAUCUCAAGUGGCAAGCUUGAGAAGAGAACUAGAAGAAAUUAAAGGUGGCCCCCAUCUUCACACUCUCAACACAGUGAAUGAUAUAGGGGAGUUACCACUGUUAGAAAUGAAACAGAUUCAUCGACAGCUCAGUUCAGAUUUAGAAAAAUUAAAUCAGGUGAUGUAUAGAAGAGUAGCUUUAAUUUGCAGUCUUUGUGAAGAACAACUGAGAUGCAUAAUGACUGCUCCAUGUUUGCACUGUACCAUGUGUGAGCCAUGUGCUUCACAAAGAUUGGAAUGUCCAGUGUGUCAUGUUCAGAUCACGCAAAAAACUUUGAUAAAUAUACCCAUUUGAGGACAUAAUAUAUUGCAGUUAGGCAGUGUUUAGCCUGUUUUCAAUUAUUCCCUUUUAGGACUUGAUAUGAUGUUUAGAAAUCUAUGAAUUUAGCUUUUAAGGUAUAAUUAUUAAUGCAUAUAUUAUUCAAAGAAUAUUUCUUAGGGAUUAUGAAUGCUUGUUUCAUUUCAAAUUAUUAUUAGUAUUAUUAUUAUUAUUAUUAUUAUUAUUUCCUUUUCGGUAAUGAAUUUAUUUUGAACUUGGAGGUCCAAACAUUUUGUGCUGGGUGUACAUUAUUUAGUGUAUUUAUCAGCACUUCUUAUUCUAAGGAUUGCAGAAUAAAUGUCAAAAGAUAUGUUGUCCAUUACAAGACAGACUGAGAGAGAGGAAUUAAAAACAGCUGUCAUUUCAAAACCA